AGUCUGAUUUAAAUUAUUCCAUGGGGCAGAGAAGCCAGUUUGUUACAUUUCACUAACUAGGCAUAGUCAUUUUCAACUCAUCAGUCUGUUUAAAUAUCUGCAACUUUAUUUCUUACUACUGUGACACUGGAAAAUAAAGGAUGCUGAUUAUUUUAGGAUUUGUGUUGACUAGCUGGCUGGCUGGCAAAGUUCACAGUGCCCCAAAGCUGGACGUGUAUGCAAUGGUUGGCUCAAAGGCUAUCCUGCCUUGUUUCUGGUUGAAGGUGGACUAUAAUCAAGUCACCACUUACAGAAAACUGUCUGUGCUGUGGAGAAGGAAAACCUUGCAAAGCAGGGGAGACUUCAGCACAGUACUAUCAGUGGAGAACAGUGGGCUAGUGAAGAAGGGUCUUGUUGUACUUGAUCGAACCUUUAUUUUGGAGUCACACUUCCACACCGGGAAUUAUUCACUGAGAAUUGAACCUGUAAAAAUGGAAGAUGCUGGAACCUACAUCUGCAGAGUUGAUUAUGGAAGUGAAAGCAUACAACAAGAAGUGCAGCUUCACCUCAUGAGAGUGCUUCCAUCUUUGCAGAGGUCCCCAAGAGAGGGGGAUUCAUUGAUGUUAACAUGUGAAAUAACUGGAGAGCUUCCACAAGGAAUUAUGCUGCAGUGGUACCAUGAGAAAAUGCAGAUAGUUGACAAUGACCAAUACUGGUCAACAGGCACUAAUAAAGAAAAGCUUUCCAUAAGAGAUUUAAGAAGCAGUUACUCUGGGCAAUGGAGUUGUCAACUGAAACAAGAAAAUCGAGUGACAGAAGCAGUCUACAUGCUGGAUGUUAUAGGUUUCCUCAAUCCUGUCUCUCAAGAGGUCACUAUCUGUGCUGGUGUGGGAUCCGUGGUAGAGCUUCCUUGCCAUGUCAAUGACAGAGAACCUUCCAUCAUUUCUGGGUGGACCAGGCAGGGACUCCAAGUAGAACCACUUCAAUCCAGGAUGAACUGGAACACGGACUCACGGAUAACAAUUAAGGAAGAAGGAAGAGGCGAUCUCACAAUGACUAUCUCACAGGUCCUGGAAUCUGAUAGCGGUAUCUACUCUUGCUUUCUACAACUGCCAGAAAAAAGGAUGCAGAGAAACAUUGUGUUAGUGGUGGCAAAAGUGAGUGCCAGCAUUUCAGGCAUGGUAAAAGAAGGCUCUUCUCUGAAACUGGUAUGUGACCCUGAUGAAGUAACUGGAGGAGAUGGAUUUGAAUGGACUCAUACUGAAGUCAUCUCAGCUGCAGAUGUACUCCCCACCUGGCAGUCUGCUAACCUACAGAGCAAAACAUCGUACUGGGGAAAGACAUUGACUCUGAAACCAGUAUCAUACACUGAUGCAGGAAUAUGGAUGUGCUCAGUGUCGAAAGGUGGCAAGAGAAUAGGUCACAUAGACUAUAAUUUGGAAAUAUCAGGCUCCCUGCUUGGAGACAAGACGUCUGAGGUGACUGGAAAAGUCUUGACUGCAGUUAUUUUUUCACUGAUAAUCGUACUGCUGGUAGUACUGCUGCUUCUGAUUGCACAAAGGCGCAGACAGCAGAGGCCAAGAGAAUUUCCAGCUUUGGAGAAUGCAAUAAAAUUACCACCAGUGACAAAAGAAGUUUUCAGAAAAGGGCAGAGCAGCAAAAUGAAUCCAGAGAAGCCAUGUGAGAUGUGCUGACAAUACCGCUCACCCUUUAUAUAGGGGCAUGACUUCAUCAGCUUGAGAUCUCUUAAGAGAAGAAACUACAAGGCCAUUAUGAUGUAGCACUUUGUCUAUCUAGAGCUCAUUUUUCUGUUUCACAUUUACUGUGGUAUCAGCAUUUCUUAAUGUUUAAGUUUUUACACAUUUACUGCAAGCAAAUCUUCUUUGAGAAGCCUUCAUGGCCCUUACUUCUGUGUGAUGGCCAUUUGAGUUUUUUAUUAUCAGUCGGCCCUCUUCCAUGCACUAAAAAAGAUGCCUGUGGUGAGCAGCAAUACAGCAUGGGUUGUAACUUUUGACUCAAUUUUCUUGCAAAUAUUAAGACAAGCAGAGUACCUGCAACAUGUCUGUUCCAUUCUGGCAGUUAUGUUUUAGUAGCUUGUAGCAAGUAAAAAUUUCUUAAAUACCAGACAGGAGAACGAAGUUUAAGUUUGUUAGUAAAUAAUGAUGUUGGUAAAUUAGGAUAUAAGCAAGGCAUAAAUAUUGUAAUGCAUUACAGACUGCAAAACUUACACAACAUAUUGUAUUUAUGUGCAUGUGUGUGAUAAUGCUGCAAAAAAGGAUCCAUAAACUUGGAGACGAACUUUAAUCCACCAGAUAUACUAGUGUUUUAGGAAGCCAUAACAGCACUUUCUGCUAAUUGCUGUAAGAGGCAACACAUUUAUGGCAGCCCCAGCCUUCUGCAAUCUGCCAUUGUAAGAUUUGCUGACUAUAAGCACAUUAGCAGAUCAAGACUUGAGGUUCUCAGGUCUGAGCUGUGAGGAAGCCUUCAGUCCCGAUCUCUCCCAACAGAGUGGCAGAAAAGAGGCAGCCUGGGAGGGCAGCAGAUGUUAUAUGCUUUCUAAAACAAAAGGGCACCAAGAAAAUGUUUGGAGUAACUAUAAGUGUAUCAUUUCCCUUACCAGGUGAUUCUGCAACCUGCAACCUCAUCCCAGAAAAUACAGAACUGAUCGAAUUAAGGAAUACUAUGAAGGCAAUAUAAAAUGAACACUGAAAAUAUAAUGCCAUGGCCUAAUUAAAUACCUCUUUCUUUCUUUCUAUUUUUAAUUCUGUACAUAAUAAAUAUAUUAUAUAUAUUAUAUAUCUAUAAAUAUAUAAAACUACAAGUUUGUAUUUCAUGUUAUUGGUUGCUUACUUAUGAAAUGAAUAAAAACUAAUCUCAUAAAUGUCUUACUAUAGCUGUUAUGAUACAGCAAUCAGACUAUCAUUUAUUGCCAUUUGCAUAAAUCCAGAAUAAUUUAAUUACUUUUCUCAUGCUCCCAGGUUACCAUAAUAGGGCAUUAUGAAAAUCAUGUGUUUACCUUACUGACAACAUGAAGCAUUGCACUAAAUCUCCACCCACAAGAGACACCUCUUACGUUCGAGUUGUGCUUUACGGAAAGAGAGGUGUGUCAUGAAGCCUGCACUAUGUUAGCCCUCGCUUCCUUUUAUCAUAAAACUGGUCACCUCUUAGACACACAGACAUCUCAGAAAUGGGAAGCACUUUGUGGGAAAUUUGUCACGUGUAAUUAUUAGGUUUCAGCAGAAUAAAACUAAUUCUGCAGGCAGGAGACAGGAAACUGA